AUGGCUCUAUCGUGCAGGUUGGUGUCGUUUUCUGUGUGGCUUCUGUGUCUCUGGGUUGCUCCUGGGGCCCCCCAGCCCUCCAGCCCUCAGCAGAUCCUCAGCCCACCGAUGCCCAGUCCUCCUGCCGGCGCAUUCGACAAAUCGCCGGGUACAGCACCUCCCACCAGGUCCCUCACCAAAGAGUCCCCGAAGGCCUCUCGCGGGGCUUCCCCGACAUUGCAGGACGUGUGUGGGGCCCCCGAGGACUUGGCUGCGUGCGACAUCGUGCGAGAUGGCGUCUGCAUAAUAUCUGGGGGGUAUCUUCGCCUCAUGCGGCGUCGCCGCUGGCGCGGAAAAUGGAGGACCCUGAAGGGUGCUCCACGGGGCCCUCCCGAGCCACGGUGGGUAGACGGCCUGCGCAUAGUCAGUGGUGGAGACAUCGAAGUGCGGGGGGCAGUAGUUAAGUGCGAUGGGGCCGCAGGUGCUGCGGAGGCAAGAGCUGUCUGGGGCCUGCGCCGCCGUUUGCGGGGGAGGAAGGGGGCCCUUGUAAGCUCCCGCGGCUUGCGUCAUCUGGGCUUGAACCGGGAUGGGGGCACCGUGAGUUUGGGGGCCUCGUUGGCCUCUAGAGGGCUCCACGUGCUCACGCAGCGCAUUGAACUCUGUGCCCGCGGCAGCAUUCGACUGCUGGGCCCCGCAAAGCUGCACUGCAGCGAGACAGUGCUCUGGGCGGGGGACAACGUCACGAUAGGGGAGGCGGCUGAGGUGACAGCCUCUGCGACGGUCUCCUUGCGAGGGCCCUUAAGCCCGCGGGGCUCAAGAACCCCCCCCAGGGGUCCAUCCUCCCCUCCUGGGGGCCCCUCGUCUGAUGACAACUCUUUUGCCGCCUUGGCUGCAAGUCCGACGCUUGACAACGUUGCCGCCUUCCUUCGGCAGCAGCUCGCGCUGGGGGCCUCUGUUGUCGACGUUGGCUCCGGGGGGCAUGGAGGGGAAGCGAUUCGGGGGAACCUCGACCGCGCGGCUGUCAGAAGUAUUCAUGAUGCAGCUGCAGCCCCAGCUGCAGCUGAGAAUGAAGAGGGCCCUUCUCCGGGGACUCUGCAUAAGAGCCCCGGAGACCCUCAGCCACGAGGGGGGAGUCAUGGGGGUCUCGGUGGCGUAUUAACAGACCGCUGCUCAGCGAGUGCCUUCAGUAGUCCCGUGAGGGCCCCUGCUGCGCUGAGGGGAGACGUAUUUUUGCCCCUUGUAGCUGGAGAGGCAGGUGUACUUUAUAAGAGUGGUGUUGGGGGGCCCUUGGGGAGCCUUCAGGACGACUGGAGCGUGCCCUCCGCGCAGGGGAAUGAGCAUCGAGGGGCACCUAGGGGUGGCGGGCUGGUUGUUGUUGUGGCGGGGCGGCAGCUUUCUGUUGAGGGUCAGAUAAGUUCUUCUGGAGAGCCCGGCUGGGGAUGCGAGGCGCAAGGGACGCCAUCCCCAAAGGGCCUCCGGCAGGCCCGGUCAGCUGCAACGGCCCCAGACGUGGGGCUUAAGAGCUGGAGAGGCGCUGCGCCUCUGAAAAUACUUUUCGGCAAUCUCUUCAGGCGGUCUGCAGAAGGAACGCAGGCCGUUGGCAGCGGUCCUGCAACAGAAUCAGCAGCAGGAUCAGAAGAAGCAACCUGUGCAACCGCAGGCAGCGGGGGCUCCAUCCUGCUUAUGGGGGAGUCUGUCGUUUUCCCGAGCCCUAUGAGGAGUGGACGGGUGUCCGCGGCGGGCGGAGGCUGCACGCGGGGCCGCCCUGAAGCCUGGGAGGGGGCCUCAGGAGACCCGACGAGCAUGGUGACUGGUACGCAGGAGGCGGCCAUUGGAGGGUUGUGUGCCGCAGGGGGAGGAGGGCGCAUAGCCAUAUAUGCUGAACAGCCGCAUCCCCUGGACCCGGUGGUCCUGGCCCCGGGGGGUUGCGCGCUGCGGAGCAGCCGCCUCGACUUGUUGCCUUGUCUUUGUGGGGGAGGUGGCACUAUUUAUUCGAGGGCACAUCGCCGGCUAGUGGUUGCAAACAAGCUCACAGCAAUCGCUGCUGCUGCUGUUGCUGCUGCAACUGCUACUGUGAACCUCUCGCCGAGCAGAUGGGGCCCGGGCACUCGCGGGCAACAGGCCAGCCCCCAUGCUUUUGACCCAAAAGCCAAAGAGGGACAGGAAGGAACGGGCAGCCCCUGGAUAGGUGAUGCCCGAGAUGCCGGGGGCGCCCCUCCAGACAUGGUUUUGGGGCCGUCGGAGUUGUCCCCUGGAGGGACCCCGUCAGGGCUAGAGGCCCUGGCCGUGCUGAGUGUACAGCCAACGCCACUUCCGGUACCGCUUUAUGCCCCCACUCUGACGCUUGCGGUGGAAGCUGCGGUGGUGACGCUGAGGGGUCGAAAGCAAAGGGGCGGGGGGGCCCACGUUGCGGCCGACAGCAUGGAGGACCCCCUCAGUGCUUCAGACACUCAGCAGCCCAGGGUAGUGGUGGGCAGUCUGCUGCUGCAUGGAGGCACUCGAGGCUCAGCGCUACACGUUCUCUCGCCGCUCCAUCUGCACACAGCGGAGGGCAGCCUUCGCCUACGGCAGCGCAGCUCUCUUGUAUUGGCGCCGUGUGGAAACAGCGAAGAGGAGGGGACGGGGAGUACCGAGGGGGCCCCUUGCAUGCAGAGAGGAGUGGCAACGUCUAGCAACCCUCUACUGGGGCCCACGUCUCUUGUGGUCUCAAGUGCUGCCUCAUUGUCUGUCGGCGAGGGCGCUGCAGUGCACAUUGUCCCUGGGGGACGAACAUUCCACUGUGGGGGGAGAGAUCCCGGCGCUGCAGGAGCCUCCCAGCAGCACGGCGUGCAGGAGACUGGGCCCGUGGCUGUAGGGUUGCUUGCCGGGGAACAACUGUUGCUGCACGGGACCAUCAGCCUGGGGGCAGCUCCCAGUGACUGUCUGCCUGCGCCCCUGAGGAAGACACCUGUGCUGCUGUUUGGGGGUCGUGAAGUUUCGUUACGCGGGGAACAGCAACUAGAUCGCCUCAUUCUUCUGAGUCAGGGGAUCGUGACGCUGGCUGGCAGCUGCACGGUUGGGGGCCCCCACCGCUGCAACGCUCAGCCCAUUCCGCUUAUAUACGGGAGACCCGCUGCAGGCAGCCAGGCUUCGAGUCCCCGCAGCAGCAUAUGCGAUACCUUGGAAGAAUACACAAAGAUACACGUUGCGCCACAUCUACAGUCCGUUGCGGAGGCAGCGAGUUUCGCUGCCACUCAAAUGACACCAGAACGGUAUCCUGCUGCUGAGGAGGAGCUCCUGGCAACCAGCCAACCGUUCCCCAGCAGUCUUAUUACGGCCCCAUCGGCAAUACGGGAUUUACAAGUGGGGGCUACAAGGUCCCUCCCAAGCGGGACGGAGGGUCAGGCCAGCAACACGUUUCAGGCUUUUGGGAGGCGCUGCGCGUUGUCAGCCUUUGCCAAUAAGGAGCUGGCUGAGGAGACCAGUCUACACGAGACUCGGUUCCAGCGACUGAUUCGAUGUGUGCGCGGUCUUGUUAUUGACGGGGAGCAGACAGCUUUGGUGGGAUCCGACAUACCGAGCCUGCUUUCAAGAAGGCAAGAGCCUUCAACAGACAAGCGGCCUGCUGGAGUGUAUGAGCCCUUGGCCAAGGGUGACUCCUCUUUUGUUGGAAAGAGGCCUUUGACAAGUGAGAGUCCACAUGUAGAUCCACUGGGAAGGGUUUGGGAGUUGGCGUCUAUGGGUCUAAACGAGCCGAGAGGCACCCUACGGCGAGGCCGUCGUCUGCUUGAGGAGCGGCUAUCCCAGCUGCUAAAGCCGGACAUAUCGCCGGAUUCUCUGGAACAGCUCCCUCUUGAGGCUCGUCCCGUGCCUCCAUAUCCGUCUACUGUCUCUCGCGAAGAAGCAAAGACUACAGAAGCGGCAGCGGACGAAGCAGCAAGAGCAGUCGCAGCUGCGGCAGAGGCUGACCUUUUUUCAUCGCAAGGGACGCCUGUCCAGCAGGAGACGAAACAGAGUGCGAACCGUGAGUCUGCAGAAAGGGCAGCACCCGCCUUGGCGCCUUUGGGAAUUCCGUCAUUCUUGUGGCGCAGCCUCUCCUCCUUAGUGCCCCUGGAGUUCGAGAGACCCACACGUUCUGCCAGUGGUUGCUCGGGUGGGAUCCUUGCCGUGGGUGAAGAAACAGCCACCCGGGAAUACAGGCCCACCAACUUGAGUGCCUUGAGCGCGGUGGAAGCUAGCUCGCUUUUGCAUGGGGGUAAGGCGCCGUGGAGCUACUUAGAUGCCGCCAUAUUCGCUGGAGAGAGUCUCCUAGUCGAACCUGGGGCUUCACUUGUUGGGGGGGGCCUUCUGCUCUGCGGGAGCCGAGGCAACACGCAGCUGAGGGGUGUAGUCGAUGCCAGCCGACGGGGAUGCCAGCCUUUGCACGGACCUGGGGCUGGCAGCCGAGGAGUGGCUGGAGAAGCCUCUUUGAGUGGUAUUGAUCUCUCUUCUGGGUCCUCUGGGGCUGACCAGGCUGCGUUGUGUGGGGGGGGCGGAGGAGCCCAUCUGGGAUCAGGCGGGGACGGGGUUCACGCGCUGACUGGCAAGCCGUGCAGGGGUAGUGGAGGCCUCAGCUAUGAUCGAGGCCCCCGCAUUACGCUUCCUGACAAGCUUUCGGUCGUUGGUACGCCUUCUCCCGAAGAGGGGUCGCUGACGGAGAAUGUCCCAGUUUUGUUUGCCCCAACAACAAGCGCCUCAGGAGGAGGGGGAGAGCUGGCCCGCGCCGGUAGCGGGGGCGGGUUCGUGUGGGUGCAGGGGCAGACAGUAACCGUGGAUGGACAGAUAAUGGCGGAUGGGGGAGGGGGUGAACCGAUGCAGGAAGCCAUCAUAGACGUUGAGGUCGACCCUGACAAGUGCCCGCCUCGAUCUUCUCCCAUCGUAGAGACCUUCAAGGCCCCCCCAGACGGCAUCGAAGAGGCCAAUCCCAUCGGCUCAGACACCGCAUCCGGAGGCAUAUAUUCAGGGAGCGUAACGGGGGUAGGCUCUGCACCAGCUGACGUGCUACAGAAGUCCGAGCCUGCUCUACGUCCCGCCUCAAGAAUGGCCUCCUCAAAGCAAAGAUCCUUGGCACAGGGGACACCCGAAGCAGCGAAAUGGGGCACAGCGGACCCCCACGCCCCUAGCGAAGGGACGCCAACGCUUGACAGUGUCUCUUGCCAGCUCUCUGGGAUCCUUGCAGAUCCUGCCCAGCUGGGUCAAGGGGGAGGAGCUGGGGGUUCUGUAAUAAUAGAAGCGGGAGCACUUAUGGGCCACGGCACAAUCUCGGCUCAAGGGGGCCACGGAGGACGAUGCACGGGGGGAGGGGGCGGCGGAGGCGCCAUCCACUUCUUGUGGGAAACGUCUUCGCUGUAUUGGAAUAGAAGCGCUCCUGCACAGCAGGAGCGCGAGCCCGGCAGGAGCGAAACUGGAACAAUCACCCGUCCUAUCGGCAAAGAAGUAGCAGAGGAUGGCGAGGGGGAGGGAACUCCGCAAGUACCCGAGGCUUAUGUACCGUGGCUGAAGCCCCUAGACUACGCUGGCGGAUUCGUCGGAUCCCUAAACAUAGGUGGCGGAGCAAGUGAUCCUUCACCAGCUUGUGCACCGCUGCAGCUUCCUUUGGGGCACCGCGGGUCCCCAGGCGAGUUGCGGAGCCCCCUUGGAUGCCCCCCAGGCUAUGCAGGUUGGAAUUGCAGCCCCUGCCCUGUAGGAUUCUACUCUCUUGGCGGCGGUACGGCGUGCAUUAGCUGCAAGAACAAGCCGUCGGACGAUGCAAUUUACACUCGCGAAGGAGUGGGGCACCCCCAGUGCCCUUUCGCCUGCGCUGCAGGCCUCCCGGAUGCCUCCAUUAACCCCAAAUGCCUUCCCCCUCUCCUCUUCAUACUAGAUCGGCUCCUGUCCUUCGGAGUGCUUGUCCCCACAGGGGCCAUUUGUAUUGCCCUACUCGGUUUGGGUGCCCUAUUUAGAGGGCUCGCCUGGAGACAGGGACAGCAGGGCUGUGCGUACGGGGCUCUUUUUGGGCUUUUAAGCCCGGGAUCCCCUCCCGAUGAAGGCGGAAUGGAGAAUGCAGCAACCCCUUCAGGUUUUGGUGGGCUGCAGCCGUCGCCUUCGAACUCCCUUGGAUACGUUGUGGGGUCUAAGGAGAAGCGGCUGAUGCACUUGGCAGUGCACCAUCUCACCUAUGAAGACUUGCCCUUCCACGUCCUGCGUAUUUAUCUGCACGGCCGCAAUUCCCCGGACUCUCCGUGGGGUCUGGACGGCCAGCCUCCCCCUUUCCUCGAUCCUCUUAUAACCCCGCACCGGUUCGCAGCCUUUGCAGCUGCAGCCAAUUCGGUCUGUGGCUUCAACCGCUAUUUUGUCCUGGUAUACUGGGCGCUUUCUUUCCUGUACCCCGCCCUUGCAGCGUUGCUGCUGCGCUCUGCCAGGUCUCGCCGCGCAGACAAAAUGAUUGCCCUGUGCAGUGCGCUCUCGGGUGUCCCAUCCGGUAUAGGCGAGGGCGGCCUGCGGUCCAGUUUGAGAUGGGGGCGGAGACGGCCCUGGAUUUCCUUCUUGCCCUUCCUCCGUUACAGUAGGGGUGUGGGCAGACAUACAGGUUCUGAAAUAUCAGGUGCUGUCUCGUUCUGGCGGAGCAUACGCGCAAGGGAGAUUUCGUUUGCCCUCAAGUUUGGCUGCGACCCAGAUUGCACGCUGGGAUUUGUGGAUGUGCUAGACCUCGAUAGGAAUAUAUUGGACUACCGCUGCUCUCCCCAACUGCCUAUGGUGCUCCUCAUACAAGGCGAUGGCAAGCUUGUGCCGUUCAGCUUAUCUCGGGGGCUUCGAACGCCGGGAGCCCUUGGAGCUUCCCAACGGGAUGGAAGCGCAGCGGACCCGCUGCAGGGGGCCCUGGAGGAGCUGGCAUCUCCCUCGGUGUGGGCAUGCAUUGCAAACUUUUUUAGUUCGAAGGUUAAGGAGCUGACGGCUGAAGAGCUCAGCUCCCUGAGAGCUUACACCGGUGGACGUCGUGGAUGUGGCAACCCAAAGGAAGGGGCGAUCCCCGAAAAGUGGGGCCCCGAUAGUAAUACCUGGCCAGGAGCGAGGGAACCUGGUGCCUGCACCCCGGAAAGGGAUGCCCCAGCAGACUACUGGACAGCAAUCCCUUUUUUAAGGUGUGGAAGAUGUGGGAAACUGCAACUGCCCCCUGCCCCAGGAGGGUCAGGGGGCAAAGCCCUCGACAUGCUGAUGGGUGGACCAGUGUACGCCCUCCGGACGGUUGCUAGGCUUUCGGAAGGUAUUCGGCUUUUAAGUGACAGAAUUCUCAGGCCUCACGGCAUUGGUGCCGCUGUUGUUGUGCUGGCGAGUCACGGGUUUGUCAGCAGGUCGGAUGGGGUCAAGAGGGAAACAGGUGCUCCUGAGGACACCCGAAAGCUGCGCACCGCCGCGCCAAAGCGAGACAUCAGGAGACCUCCGUUGCCUCCUGAAGAGAGGAAAAGGCGUGAGGGAGUGCAGCAUCUUGCAACAGGGUCAGUAAAGGCACUGUACGGCGACGCAGGGUCCCAAGUCUUUCAGCGACCAUUUGGCACAAGCCGUCUACUUCUGAGGGCUGCUUCCUCACCGUCUGCCCUCCUAGACAGUCUACGGCGCAGUGGGAGCCCACAAGAUGUCGGUGAUGUGGCGUAUGAAGCCAAAUGCAACGGGGGUUCAGUCGCAGGGCUAGAGUCCGUCAUGGAGGGCCGGGUGGGUGCAGAGAAAUGGGUCACCACAACUUCGCUGGAGGCCCUCUCCACAAGUACCCAGCAGCAGGCGGCCACGAGCCCCAGCAGGUGCACAUGGGAACAAAGUACAGCUACUGUUGAAACGGAAGCAGCCCUUGCCCUAGUAAUCACAGAAGAAGCUCCCCAGCCCAGUGGAGAGGCCUCACAGCCUACUCUGGGUACUUGGGAAAGAAAAGCUUCAAGUGGAGAAGGUCAUGAGCCAGUAGUGGUACCGACAUUCCCGCCAUUGUCCUCUAUGGUGAUUACCUCUCCACUAGACCCUCGCCGUCUGUCACUCAGUAACCCUACCCUUGCUCCAUACACUGCUGCUGCAGCAACCUCCCUACAGAAGUCCGUUACAUACUGGGGUUCCGGGCCUGCUCUUCCAGCUUCCUACAAUUCGGGACCAUUGGGGGGCAGUACGUCUUUGCGGCAGUCGUUUGACAGACCAGUAAUUCCUUCACCGAAACACCACGUGCAGGGUGGGAUGAGCGGAGCCCGUUUAGCUGCGGGGUCCUUCAGCGAUUUGUCUUCCCCCGAGUCACAGUCAAGUACCUACAUCCCCCCUCAAGGACCCGUGCCUGGGGAUGCCAAAGAGAGUCAAGGAGAGGUCUUAAGCGGGCCUGUUAUGUCUCUUGCUGAAGCCGCACGACGAUCUGCAGGGGCUGACGCUCAGCACCUUCGCGAUGCAGUCCAGGCCCUGCAGAAAAGUGCUUUGGCCAAGCUGGGGACAGGACCGCAUGGCGCAGGGGCAGAUACCAGCAACGAGGACUCGGGAAUUAUCUCACGUGUCACAACUGGUGCAGCAGGCCCAGAAACAGACAUUGAUCAACGACCCCUUUUAGAUGAUUCCGCUAGCCCAAACAACCCACAAGCAGGAGGCUUUAAAUUUCUCUCCCCUCUUCGGCUGGCAUGGAGGCGCCUUCGUCUCCGAAGCACUUCAACAGAAAUGGCCAGGCACGUCUGCCACACUGGACGCAACUAG